AGAAGAGCUUCCUGAGCUUUUCUCGACAAGUUCACCCUUAAGAAAUAGGAGGUGUAUUCUACCAUUAUCAGGUCGUCCUCAAGUGGAUACAAAUACUUUGCCUCACUGUAACCAGACAACUAGACAACUAAUGUGGGACCAUGGCACUGCCCAGAUACACGUGGCCAAAUCAUGUUUGGAGAGCAGCGAUGGCAUGCUUGGCACACAGGGGAUCGGGUACCUCAUGGACUCUCUGUGUGUUGGGAUGUUUGCUUCAGGCUGCCCAUGUGAUCUCCCAAAAAUUGGAUGAUGCAGAUCCGCUGGUGACCACCAACUUUGGCAAGAUAAGAGGGAUUAAGAAAGAACUCAAUAAUGAAAUUUUGGGGCCUGUUAUUCAGUUUCUUGGGGUUCCAUAUGCAGCACCGCCGACAGGGGAACAUCGUUUUCAGCCUCCAGAACCGCCGUCUCCCUGGUCAGAUGUCAGGAAUGCUACUCAAUUUGCUCCUGUGUGUCCCCAGAAUAUCAUUGAUGGCCGAUUGCCUGAAGUCAUGCUUCCUGUGUGGUUUACUAAUAACUUGGAUGUGGUUUCAUCAUAUGUACAAGACCAGAGUGAAGAUUGCCUAUAUUUAAACAUAUAUGUCCCAACUGAGGAUGUAAAAAGAAUAUCCAAGGAAUGUGCCAGAAAACCCGGCAAGAAAAUAUGUAGAAAAGGAGGUCCCCUUACAAAGAAACAGACAGAUGAUUUAGGUGAUAAUGACGGUGCUGAAGAUGAAGAUAUUCGGGACAGUGGGGGUCCCAAACCAGUGAUGGUGUAUAUCCACGGUGGCUCAUAUAUGGAAGGUACUGGAAAUUUAUAUGACGGGAGUGUCUUGGCAAGUUAUGGCAAUGUGAUUGUCAUCACAGUCAACUAUCGACUUGGAGUACUUGGUUUCUUGAGCACAGGGGAUCAGGCUGCAAAAGGAAACUAUGGACUCCUUGAUCUCAUACAGGCUUUAAGAUGGACUAGUGAGAACAUUGGAUUCUUUGGUGGUGACCCCUUAAGAAUCACUGUUUUUGGAUCUGGCGCUGGGGGUUCAUGUGUCAAUCUUCUGACUUUAUCCCAUUAUUCUGAAGGACUUUUUCAACGAGCAAUAGCUCAAAGUGGAACAGCCCUUUCCAGCUGGGCUGUUAGUUUCCAACCUGCAAAAUAUGCCAGAAUGUUGGCCACAAAAGUUGGUUGCAAUGUUUCAGAUACAGUGGAAUUAGUGGAAUGCCUACAGAAGAAGCCUUACAAAGAACUUGUUGAUCAAGAUAUUCAACCAGCACGAUACCACAUAGCCUUUGGACCUGUGAUUGAUGGUGAUGUAAUACCAGAUGACCCGCAGAUAUUAAUGGAACAAGGAGAGUUUCUCAACUAUGAUAUAAUGUUAGGAGUUAACCAAGGAGAGGGAUUAAAAUUUGUUGAAAAUAUAGUAGAUAGUGAUGAUGGUAUAUCAGCUAGUGAUUUUGACUUUGCUGUUUCCAAUUUUGUUGAUAAUUUAUAUGGGUAUCCAGAAGGCAAAGAUGUUUUGAGAGAAACCAUUAAAUUCAUGUACACUGACUGGGCUGACCGUCAUAACCCUGAAACCAGAAGAAAGACAUUGUUGGCCUUGUUUACGGACCAUCAAUGGGUGGCACCAGCUGUAGCUACAGCAGAUCUUCACUCAAACUUUGGUUCACCUACAUAUUUCUAUGCCUUUUACCAUCAUUGCCAAACAGAUCAGGUUCCAGCUUGGGCUGAUGCAGCUCAUGGAGAUGAGGUUCCCUAUGUGCUAGGAAUCCCCAUGAUUGGACCUACAGAGUUAUUUCCUUGCAAUUUCUCCAAAAAUGAUGUGAUGCUGAGUGCAGUUGUAAUGACAUACUGGACAAACUUUGCUAAAACUGGUGACCCAAAUCAACCAGUCCCUCAAGACACAAAAUUCAUUCAUACCAAACCCAACCGUUUUGAAGAAGUAGCAUGGACCAGAUAUUCCCAGAAAGAUCAACUUUAUCUCCAUAUUGGAUUAAAACCAAGAGUUAAAGAACAUUAUAGAGCCAAUAAGGUGAACCUCUGGUUGGAGCUGGUACCUCAUCUGCAUAAUCUCAAUGACAUUUCUCAGUAUACCUCUACAACAACUAAAGUGCCAUCAACUGACAUCACUUUCAGACCUACGAGAAAAAAUUCUGUACCUGUCACAUCAGCCUUUCCCACUGCCAAGCAGGAUGAUCCCAAACAACAACCGAGUCCAUUUUCCGUGGACCAAAGGGACUACUCAACAGAGCUGAGCGUCACCAUAGCAGUUGGUGCAUCAUUGCUAUUUCUGAACAUCUUGGCAUUUGCAGCUCUUUACUACAAGAAGGAUAAAAGGAAACAUGAUGUUCAUAGGAGAUGCAGCCCUCAACGUACUACUACCAACGAUCUGACCCAUGCACAAGAAGAGGAGAUCAUGUCCCUCCAAAUGAAGCACACUGAUCUGGAUCAUGAAUGUGAGUCCAUCCAUCCACAUGAGGUGGUUCUCCGGACCGCCUGCCCCCCAGAUUACACACUAGCUAUGAGGAGGUCACCAGAUGAUGUUCCCUUAAUGACACCCAACACCAUAACAAUGAUUCCCAACACUAUACCAGGGAUUCAACCCUUACACACAUUCAAUACAUUUACUGGAGGACAGAACAAUACACUGCCCCAUCCCCAUCCCCACCCCCAUUCACAUUCAACAACCAGGGUAUAG